AUGGCCCCUGUCGAGCGCGCCAUCCAGGGCUCCACUACAACCUGUUGCCCCGCGUGGAACCAUCGUUGGCGCUAUGGUUUUGAACAAAAUCACGUCCUCAUUCAGUUUAUCGAGACUUCUACUGAAAACCUGGACUUCAGCGCGGCAGAGGUAGCGGCGAGGAAGGAUGCCGAUAUCACAAGAAAAUUGGAUGCUGUAUUGGGGAGAGCGAGUUACGUCGGGAAGGAUAAUCUUCAGAUCGAGGAAGCUGGAAUGUGA